AUGCUCUAUCAUUUUAGAUGGCUAUUCUUAAUCGAAGGGAUGAUUACCCUGUCAGUGGGCAUUGCAGCCUUCUUCCUCAUGCCUGCGUCCGCGGUGCAGACGAAGACCUGGUUCCGGCCAAACGGGUGGUUCACAGACCGGGAGGUUGCUAUUGUCGUCAACCGUGUUCUCCGCGAUGAUCCUACAAAGGGUGACAUGCAUAACCGAAUGCCCAUCACCCCGAGUCGGCUGUGGCGAUCUCUGACCGAUUACGAUCUGUGGCCGCUCUAUCUCAUAGGGUUGAUUGCGUAUAUCCCGCAAUCGCCUCCGGGUACGUACCUGACGCUAUCGCUCCGAGCUCUGGGAUUUAACAAGGUAUGUACAUGCUAUGAAAUCCUUUUAUAUACUUCUUUGAUAUCGUUUGAUUUUUUCCAUUCUAUCUACUUCAACACCAACCUCCUAACGAUCCCUAACACCGUGGCCGGCAUCUUCACUCUUCUGGGCAUCACCUGGCUGAGCGAAAAGGUCCGCGAGCGGACCUUUGUCAGCAUGCUCCAGCCCCUCUGGACACUGCCUUGCAUCAUCGCAUUGCGGUACUGGCCAGGGGCGCUCUCGGAGCCCUGGCCGACUUUUGCGCUGAUUACCGUCCUGCUGAGUUAUCCGUAUUGUCACGCUAUAGUAGUAGCAUGGACAUCGACAAACUCCGGCUCGGUUCGUACCAGGUCUAUCUCUGCCGCAGCAUAUAACAUGUGCGUCCAACUCGGCAACAUCAUCUCAGCCAACAUCUACCGCGCCGACGACGCGCCUCUGUACCACCGCGGAAACACGACGCUGAUGAUCAUCAACCUCCUUGUCAUCGGGCUGUUCAUUGCGACGAAGAUCUACUACAUCUCGAGGAACCGGUGGAAGGCGAGGAAGUGGGAUGCUAUGACUGAAGAGCUCUCUAGGGCAAGGAAACAGAUUAUUCAAGGACAUAGGAAUCAAUCUACCAUGCUGGAUUAUUGGUGGCACAACAGACGAAAUGGCGUGCAGUUACCCGAGGAUGCUACGGAGUAG